AUGUAUAAAGUCGAGCCUAUGCUUCCUAGUGACGUCUUCUCGUUAGACUGGAUAAACCUAGAUGAAAAGUCAGAAAGCUUUCCAUUGAGCUAUUAUCUUUACUAUCUAGUUAACCAUGCAGAAGAUUGCAUUGUUAUUCCCUCUGAGCCAGAAUAUAAGACAUCCUUUACUUACAAGAGGAAUGUGUGUGCAUAUAUGAUAGGAAAAUUGGAGGAAAAUGGUGAAUUCAUAAAUGCACACAUCUCUGCCGUCUCAGUUGCACCUUCUUAUAGGAGGAAUCGUUUUGGAAAGCUUUGCAUGGGAAUUAUGGAGAAAAACGGGGAUAUUUAUAAUGCACAUUUUGCUGACUUGUAUGUUAGGGAAGGAAACAUAGCAGCAAUUGAAUUCUACAAAAAGCUAGGAUAUGUUGUUUAUAGAAAGGUGUUCAAUUACUAUAUCGAGGGUAAUGGAGAAAAUGCCCUUGACAUGAGGAAGUCAUUAGAAGCAGACAAAAACAAGGCAUGUAUGAUAAGGGGUGCAGACAUUCAGGCCUCCGAACUAAAAUAG